ACACCCAGCAAGCGCAGUGCGAAAGGGUGCGAGUCACUUCACCUGAUGACAUGCAUCAACAUAAAAACCAUUCCGUUUGCCUUCAUUGUUGAACAAAGCUUCUUCCUUUUAAGGGGGGAACUUUGAACCCGCAAAGCUGCUUCUAUGGCGACGAGGCUGCUUCGCAACACUUCCCUUCUCACACGCUCUCUGUUCGUCCCUCAGGGCUUUAAACUAGGAAUAUUCGGCACUUCUCAGAUUUUGAGCUUUUCAUCUAAAGGUAGAAGGCGCUCUAAAUCUGAUGCGAGUGACUCUGGUGAAGAGAACAUGUCUAAGAAAGAGUUGGCCCUUCAACAAGCCCUUGAUCAGAUCACUUCUGCAUUUGGAAAGGGAUCUAUCAUGUGGCUUGGUCGCACUGUCUCACCUAAACAUGUACCUGUUGUGUCUACUGGUUCUUUUGCUCUUGAUAUAGCACUAGGAGUUGGUGGACUUCCAAAGGGUCGUGUUGUGGAAAUAUAUGGUCCAGAGGCUUCUGGAAAAACAACUCUUGGUUUACAUGUGAUUGCAGAGGCACAGAAGCAUGGAGGCUAUUGUGCAUUUGUUGAUGCUGAGCAUGCUCUUGAUAGGACACUUGCAGAGUCUAUUGGUGUGAAUACUGAGAACUUGCUUCUCUCACAACCAGAUUGUGGUGAACAAGCACUUAGUCUUGUGGAUACCUUAAUACGUAGUGGUUCAGUUGAUGUAAUUGUUGUUGACAGUGUGGCAGCUCUUGUUCCUAAAGGUGAGCUUGAUGGGGAGAUGGGUGAUGCUCACAUGGCAAUGCAGGCUAGGUUGAUGAGCCAGGCUCUUCGAAAAUUGAGCCACUCCUUGUCACUUUCUCAAAGUAUAUUGAUUUUUAUAAACCAGGUGAGAUCAAAGCUUACUACUUUUGGGGGUUUCGGUGGGCCCACUGAAGUCACUUGUGGUGGUAAUGCAUUGAAAUUCUAUGCUUCUGUGCGGCUAAAUAUCAAGAGAAUAGGGUUUGUCAAGAAGGGUGAAGAGAUUUUAGGAAGCCAAGUUCUUGUCAAGGUUGUGAAGAACAAGCUUGCCCCUCCAUUUAGAACUGCUACAUUCGAGCUUGAAUUUGGAAAGGGUAUAUGUAGAGAAGCAGAGAUUAUAGAGUUGAGCGUAAAACACAAACUGAUCACAAAGGCUGGUGCAAUGUAUUACUAUAACGAACAAAAUUUCCGCGGUAAGGAUGCCCUUAAGAAUUUCCUGGCUGAGAAUUUUAGUGCAUUAGAAGAACUAGAAAUGAAGCUCAGGGAGAAGCUUCUCAAUGCUGAGACAGAAAAGGUGCCAGAGUCAGAUGUAAUUAAUGGAGAUGUUACGGAAGAAAUUGCCACCCUUGAUUCUACUGACGAAGAAGCCGCAGCUGUUGUAGAAGCAUGAUUUUGUGAAUGCAUGGCUAACUCUAUUUUCCCUGGCUCAAUAUGGACCCAUGUGAUUUAUGUAUGCUAUGGCCUAUGGCCUGAUGAAUUGGCCAUAAAAUGGUCCACUCAAAUGAAGAAGGUCCUAAAAAGCGAAAGAUGCCUCGAAUACUUCUGGUUUGGAAUCUCAUCAUUCUUGCUUGCGGUCAAAUGUUCAAGUUACUUUACCACCUGUAAAUUGAGUUUUUUUUUUUUGGUCAUUUUAUACAGGCCGAGUCAUAUGGGACAUGUAAGGUAAGAAAGGACAGGACUAACUGGUUAGGAAUCAAGGUCAUCAUUACUCCAGAGUUGAGUCAUCACCAAUUAUUUGUAAGGAUUUUGCUAUGCAAUUUGUAUAAUGGUGCAUAU